GAUUUUCUUUGCUGUGUAUUUUUGCCUGGCACUUGAAUUUACCAGCCAGCGUGAGCUUCCGUACAGCUCUCUUGUGAAAUGCGAAAUUAAAGUUGUGCUUGGUGGUUUUGAUUACACUCGGCAGGUUUUUCCCACCAGUUUUUUCUUUUUCUUUCUGUGGAACCUGAGUUGGUGUUUUUUAAAUGCCCGUUGCUUUCAAAGUAGUGAGUUGCAAAGUAUUUGGUGAAGAGGAAGGAUGGGGUAUGCAGGCAUAAAUGUGUCGAUGUUUUAAGGGUCUUUAGUCCCUGAAGGACUCCGGAGCUCAGCCCAGCAGGUUAUGAUACAUUUCUAGAAUGGAGGAGGGAACCGCAUCUAAUCGCCGGUCUAGAGACAUUAGUUUAUAUAGGAAUGGGCUUCUUUCUGUUCUAUCCCUUAAGAUCCUGUUUUGGUACAAGGUAGCAGGACUUUUCAGUUUUAAACUGGGUUGCAUUUGUAGACUUUGGAAGGAAUUUGUAUGAAUAAUAUUCUAACCUGCUAUUGACUAAAUGGGAACAUUUUUGUAAGUGGUAAUAUUUUAUGAAUAAUACAUUGUAAGUCGGCAGGAAUUUACUACUAGAAAAGAAAUAUGCUUAUUUUAUGUCUGGAUGUUAGGGUGCUUAUUUAUUACAAAAAGUACUUUGAUUCAGUUAUCGGUGAUUUUGAGAAUCAGAAUCUUGUCGUCCAAGUAGAUUGUUGAGAGGAAAUAGAGAUAAUUACAGCAGCCAAAAUUUCCCCACGCUGCUUUGAAGGCCCAAUGCUUGUGCAUGGAAAUUAUCUUGUUAUAUGAGUGUAUCCAGGUUUAAACCUUUAAAAGUCAUUUCACGGAUACUCUGUUAUGCACAGAAUGGUUUAUUGAACUGUAUGUGUUAGUGCCUGUAAGACACCAAAGAGCUAUUUUGUUCCUCACACAUUCAUCUUUGUGUUUCACAGAUUAAUGAGCUAGUUUAGAAUCCUGAUUUCAACUGAAAAUGACCUCUUAUUUUGAGAUUCCAUUUUAGUGAGGAAUAUUUUUAGUUUUUGGAACAUGCCUUGGAUAAUUUCCUCAUCAUUAAUCUGAAGCUUGUAACACCAGACAGAUAACAAAGCUAUAGCACCAAGGCCAGUCUCCAGUUUUAAAAAACAUUAGACAUUUUCCUUCGUGAAAAAGACUAAUGAACUGACAGUGAGCUUUCUUUAGAUGAGAACAGUUGGGUGUAUUCAAUAUUCCCUACGAAGGCAUUUUUUAUUUUCAUUUUUGUUAGAUUCAUAAACAGGAAGACAUUACUUCCCUCUUGAUUCUACUUUUUAAAAGCUGGAAAAACUUCUAAUUUUUAUGGCCCGGGGUCUCUUGCUUACAUUCUUCUUGUGUGAUGUGGACCACAGCCUCUCUCGGAAUUGGACUCUGGCCAGGACCCCAGCAUCAUUGUAAUCCGCUGAUGAAGGAGAUCAUUACCAGGAUUUCAGAUGCAUGCCAGAUUUCCACUGACUGCCAGAAUCCCAGAUCACUACACAUGGAUCCCCAAAAUCAGCAUGGCAGUGGCAGUUCAUUAGUCGUGAUCCAGCAGCCUUCUUUGGAUGGCCGGCAGAGAUUAGACUAUGAGAGAGAGAUUCAGCCUGCUGCUAUUUUGUCUUUAGACCAGAUCAAGGCCAUCAGAGGCAGCAAUGAGUACACAGAAGGACCUUCAGUGGUAAAACGACCUGCUCCGCGGACAGCACCAAGGCAAGAAAAGCAUGAACGGACUCAUGAAAUCAUUCCAAUUAAUGUGAAUAACAACUAUGAGCAAAGACCUACAAGCCACCUGGGACACGUGGGACUCUCAAGUAAUGCCAGGGCCCCCAUUCUGAGCAGAUCAACCAGCACUGGAAGUGCAGCCAGUUCUGGGAGCAACAGCAGUGCCUCUUCUGAGCAGGGGCUGUUAGGAAGGUCACCACCAGCCAGACCAGUUCCUGGUUAUAGGUCUGAAAGGGCCAUCCGGACCCAGCCCAAACAGCUGCUUGUGGAUGACUUGAAGGGUUCCUUGAAAGAGGACCUGACACAGCACAAGUUCAUUUGUGAACAGUGUGGGAAGUGCAAAUGUGGUGAGUGCACAGCUCCCAGAACCCUGCCGUCCUGUUUGGCCUGUAACCGGCAAUGCCUGUGCUCUGCUGAGAGCAUGGUGGAGUACGGGACCUGCAUGUGCUUAGUCAAGGGCAUCUUCUAUCACUGCUCCAACGACGAUGAAGGGGACUCUUACUCGGAUAAUCCUUGCUCCUGUUCCCAGUCCCACUGCUGCUCUAGAUACCUGUGUAUGGGAGCAAUGUCUCUGUUUUUACCUUGCUUACUCUGUUACCCUCCUGCUAAGGGAUGCCUGAAGCUAUGCAGGGGAUGUUAUGACUGGAUUCAUCGCCCAGGGUGCAGAUGCAAGAACUCCAACACUGUCUAUUGUAAGCUGGAGAGCUGCCCUUCCCGGGGCCAGGGGAAACCAUCAUGAUUUUUGGAGGUGGGUUGGACCUCCUGAACUUCUAGCUUUCCAGUUGGGGCUGUUAGAAACUAUACUAUUAGAUACUGAUUUUCUUUUCCUUAGAGUUUUUCCCUGUUUCCUGCCUUUCUUCCCCUGUUCCCAAGGUUUGACUUCCGGAUUUUACUCUUCUCUUCUGGACGAUCUUCAGUGAGAGCGGACUAUGAAACUGCACCUGCGUCCCACUUGUGAUGAGAGCUUUUGCCAUCCAUUUGAGAGUUUUGAGAGUCAGUGGGCUUUUGUGUGGCCUCUUUGUUCUGCAGGCAACUUUCCAAAGUUGUGUACAUGAACAUAAGACACCCACUCAGACUAGAGGAUUUAGAGCUGUUUGUGAUUGGAUACUGUGGGAGCAGGAAAAUUGGUUUUCAAAGAAGCAACCGUUUAAUUGCUUAAAUAAGCUGUGUAUUAAAUCUAUCUCCAGUUAGAGCUGUCUUCCUAGCAUUGGACCAGUAAAUAGAAUGAGAGGAUGUAUUUUUGUUAUAACGUAAAAAAUUUCCUUUAACCACUGCCCUCCUUUUUUAGUUCUGCAGAGGUCUCUCUUGGUUUUGGCAUGACCUUCUGAGAUGCCAGCUGUUGCCCCCUCCCCUUGCCUCCUGUGUAAUUUUAGAUCUCGCUUUAUGAUGUAAGUCUUCACAUUGGAGAUACGUUGCUUGUAACUUGUUCAUUCCUAAUCUAGCUUUCAUAUUCAUGAACGACUCAACUCCCUUCCAUACCCUACGCUCAUCACCAAAUUUUUGUUGUCAUUGAGGGCACUUGGAUAACUGAAGUUGAAAUUUAUAGCUAAUCAAUCUGUAGGUGUCACAGAACUAUGCUGCCUAAAGUGAUCUUGGCUCCUUAAUGGUCCUUUUGGCCCCUCGGUUAGUUCACAGCUGAGCAAUGCUAAUCUUCUGUGUUUUCAUUGCCUUAAACCACAAAUUGUGGUGCUUUUUGUAUAUUUUAUGUAUAAAUCACAAAGUUGAAUUCUGACUAUUUUUAAGACAAAAGUCUGUUAAACUUUUUUAUUGUAAAGAAUAUUUAUUAUGCGAAUCUCUAUUAUUUUAUGAUAUUUAUUGCAAAAGACUGUUGAAAUGUACUCAUGUCUGAAUAUAACAAAAUAUCAAUACUUAACGGAAAAUAAGGUGCCACGAAGAAAGUACGUAUGUUAACUAUAAUGCAGAAAAUAUAUUAAUUAAUGAAACUGUC